AUGAGGCUGAAGGGCCAAAACAGGAAGGCCAAAUUUAGGGGUAUUUAAAAAGUUGAAUUCAGGAAAUGGCGGAUCAUGUAGUUGACUUUUAUAUAUACUUUGUUAUUUUUAAGCCAAAAGUUUCUCCCAAGUUUUUAAUUAUUUCUAGAAUAAGAAUCACGCCAAAGUGGGUGCCAUUUUAUUUUUGUUUUACAACUACUAUUUGUCCACCUUUCUCUUUAUUGCAUUAAGAAAUAGUAAUAAAUAAAAAGAGUACUUUUGUUAGUUUAUCCUUUUACCCUUUUCAAUAAGCUCGCCUUAUCCAUUAUUACCAAGAUUAACAAUCGAAAAACUUUACAGCAUUUAUGCUUUUUUAAAAAAUAAUUUAAGGGCAAAACAAGAAAAUUGAAUUAAUUUUAUCUUAAUUUUAUAAAUUAAAAAGUUAUUUGGAACGUCACUUUUAAUAAUAUAGACAAGUAAUAAGGAGUACUUUACGUGACAAUACAUAAAAUAUAGAAAUGGGUAACUUGAUUCUCGCAGUCUUAAUUAAUACUGCCACACUCAAACCAUUAUCAAUUUUUAAUGGCGUUAUCCCGUUUUCGCGCCCAUUAUUUGACAGACAAGUUUUUUACUUUCCUCUCACAUGGAGAUAAUAAUCUAAUACCAAUAAUAUUGCCACUUGCCAAAUGAAUUGGAGGAGCAAAUAAUUAAAAGCCUGAAGAAACUGUCACAAUAAAGCACUGAAAAUUUGCUUUUCUGCAGUAAUUGUUUUACCAUAAUAAGUUACUUAGUUUUAGGACUAAUCUAAUUUGUUGAAUUCUUGUAAUGCAGAUUAUGUUUUUAAAGUUCCACUUAAUAAAACUACAGGGAGACAAUUUCAGUCAAUACUUUCGACCUCUUUGUUGCACCAUCUUAGAAAAAACCAACACACACUGAAGUCUCAAAACAAGAGGAGCUGAUUUGAUCAUGUCUUCAAAGGUUAUUAGUCUGUUGAUCUGUUUUUUCAUUCUUCAUCUGUUGGCUGCUGGUAGAGUUUCAGGCUGCGAUAUAGGGAUAUAUGAGUUAAAGAAAGGAGAUUUCUCUGUUAAGAUUACCAAUUAUGGUGCCAGAAUCAUUUCUGUUUUUCUACCUGAUAAGAAUGGAAAAAUAAAUGAUGUUGUUCUUGGAUAUGACACCAUCAAGGAAUACGUGAAUGAAACACGUUAUUUCGGAGCCCUACUUGGAAGGGUUGUUAACCGGAUUGGUGGUGCUCAAUUUACUUUGAAUGGAACUGUUUAUAAGCUUGUCCCGAAUGAAGGCAAUAACACAAUUCAUGGUGGUCCUAAAGGAUUUAGCUUUGUUGUUUGGAAGGUGAGUGAGUAUGUCAAAGAUGGUCCUUGUCCUCACUUAACUCUAACCUACCACAGUGCUGAUGGCGAAGAAGGCUUUCCUGGUGAUGUUCUUGUCUCUGUUACCUUUGCAUUGAAAGAUCCUUACAAACUUAGUGUCGAAUUUAAAGCAAAAGCAUUGAACAAGGCCACUCCGAUUAGCUUGUCUCACCACCCUUACUGGAACCUCGGUGGUCACAACAGUGGCAACGUGUUAUCCCAGGUUGUUCAAAUCUAUGCAUCACACAUUACCCCAGUUGAUGAACAGCUCAUUCCCACAGGCGAAAUCGCCCCUGUCAAGAACACGCCUUACGACUUCCUUAAACCUCUUAAGGUGGGGAGCAGGAUCGAUAAAAUCAAAAUUGGAUAUGACAGAAACUAUGUGCUCGACAGCAAUAAAAAAAUGAAACCAGUGGCAGUAGUUUACGACAAGAAAUCAGGAAGAGUGAUGGAUAUACAUGCAACUGCACCUUGUGUGCAUUUCUACACUGCAAACUGGAUCGUUAAUGUAAAAGGGAAAGGUGGAUAUGUGUAUCAGCCUCGUUCAGCAUUGUCUUUGGAGACUCAAGGCUAUCCUGACGCUGUGAAUCACCCAAAUUUCCCGUCCACAAUUGUGAAUCCAGGAAAGACUUACUCGCACUCGGUGUUGUAUGCUUUCUCCAUCAAGAAAUAAUAGAAGAGUUUGCUUGUAUCCUCAUAAUAAUAUCGUCUACUUGAAUUGAUUUUUGUAUCAAGGUUAUAUGUUUUAUGAGAAAUAAAACUUCAACAUUCAAAGA